GAUCUUCCCACGUUAUGAAUGUUGCUACUCUUGUAUUCUACUAUAUACUACUACUACCCACUGCUUUUUCUCUAUGAAGAGAGAGAUUUUAGAGAGACAAAUACACCGCCACCUCCGCUGCUCCGCCACUCUCUUCUUCUCUCCACCCCCUCUUAAGUAGCUGCUUUUCUAGUACACAAAAUUAACCCCAUUUGCACGCUUCUUAGUGUUGUACUUUGAAGUUCAUACCAGCUGGUUAAGUACAACCUCAAAAAUUCUGACACAUAUUAAAAAUGUAACGCUAUUCUUUGGAAUGUAGCUGAAGUUGAGGAUUUUAUAUACUAGAGUUUUUUGUUGUUGUUGUUGAGGCGGAGAAUUUGAUGGUAUAGUGCUAUGAAGAAUUUCAACUGGUUUAAGCAAAUAGCGAAUAACGGGAAAUUAGAGAGGAGGCUUUCGUUAGGAGAGUACAAGCGAGCAGCGUCAUGGUCCAAGUAUAUAGUAUCAUCAGGUGCGGCCAUAAAGGGUGAAGGAGAGGAGGAAUGGAGUGCUGAUAUGUCACAGUUGUAUAUUGGGAAUAAAUUUGCUUCAGGAAGACAUAGUAGGAUUUACAGGGGGGUUUAUAAGCAUAGAGAUGUCGCUAUUAAACUUAUAAGCCAACCUGAAGAGGAUGGAGAUUUGGCUACUUUUUUAGAGAAGCAGUUUACUUCUGAGGUUGCUUUGUUGCUGAGGUUAAAGCAUCCAAAUAUCAUCACUUUUAUUGCAGCAUGUAAGAAACCACCAGUGUUUUGCAUUAUCACGGAAUAUGUACCUGGAGGCUCCCUGAGAAAGUACCUCCAUCAGCAGGAGCCGUACUCGGUCCCUCUCAAUCUUGUUCUGAAAUUGGCCCUUGACAUUGCACAUGGGAUGCAGUAUCUUCAUGCUGAAGGGAUACUUCACAGAGAUCUGAAGUCGGAAAAUCUACUCCUUGAUGAGGAUAUGUGUGUGAAAGUUGCAGAUUUCGGGAUAUCAUGUUUAGAAUCUCAAUGUGGCAGUGCAAAGGGGUUCACCGGUACGUACCGGUGGAUGGCACCAGAAAUGAUCAAGGAAAAGAACCACACUAAGAAAGUUGAUGUCUAUAGUUUUGGUAUUGUCCUAUGGGAACUUUUGACUGCACUAACACCAUUUGAUGACAUGACACCAGAGCAGGCGGCAUUUGCAGUCUGCCAGAAGAAAGCAAGACCACCAAUUCCUGCUGAAUGUCCAGCAGCAGUUCGGAGACUCAUUAAACGGUGCUGGGCAAACAAUCCUCACAAGAGGCCACAUUUCGAGGAGAUUGUAACUGUCCUUGAAAGUUAUGCGGAGGCGCUUGAGCAGGAUCCUGAUUUUUUGCAAUCCUACGAGCCCCCUCUGAACUUUACCUUGUCACAAUGCUUGCCUAAGUGCAACAAAUCAGCUUCUGCUGAGGCAUAGGAAACUCCAGAACAUGUUUCUAAUUAUGUUUUUCUUGGGUGACCAAAAUUGUCCCCAGGACCCCAAUGUGAAGUGUAAUAUAUUAUUUUAGUCCUCACUUCUCAGUAGCUAUGUUAUUGUUCUUAACUAAGACACUGUUUGGAUAUUUCGCUAUUUGUUUUUGUUGAAAUUUGGAUCAGGAUUUGACAAGGCGAAUCCUGUUUGUAAUGUGAAAGCUUAGUUGCAUUUCAA